AUGGUCUUAAUACACGUUGCGAUGCACGGAAGUUCAUCAUGGACAGGAGCUUCGGCGAGUCAAUGUCGCCAUUCAGCACUUUGGCCACGAGUAAUACUUGUUGAAGUUUGCGACGCCGUUCAAGGGUAUCCAGUCCAAGCAGACGACAGCGUUCCGGAUAAGGCGGAAGGUUAUUUGGAUCUCGCUAGGAUGCCACGAAAGACCCGUACACGAGAUGCUGUUCCAGACAUCACCCUGCAGCAAUCAUGCCCGCUCUGUCAACUUCCUGAUUGUGACGAGAUGGUCUGCUGCGACGACUGUGAACGGUGGUAUCACUUUCAAUGCGUCGGUGUGAAUGACGAUGUGGCCAACUAUGAUUGGAGCUGCCCGGAAUGCGUCGCUGCUAAAGUUCCUGCGCAACAAUCGCCGCAUCCGAAAACUACUGCAGAUGAGCCGAUAGCACAACCGCAGCUUCCUCGAUCAAACCAACGUCUACCUACACCACAAACACCCAUCUCGCCGGUUCCACCACCACAACCGCGCUCUACCCGGCCACCACUCGUGCAACUAAAUAUGCCUACCGUUUCUGGAGAGGUUGUUGUUGAUCCUGAUCUAGUAAACAAACUUCCAGUUGAACUUCGUAUCAAGAUGUUGGAAGAAGAAGAAGCAAUCGAACGUAAGUUUUUAAGACGCAAAUACCAACUCUUACUCGAGGCAUCAGUGAAUAAAAAUCAUGUAGGUCAGGGCAAUAGUAGUGCAAAUAUGCCAGCAACUAAUAAUGCUAGAGAUCCUCCUAUUUUCCAUUCAUCACCAAUGAAUGAUUACCGUUCUAAUGACCAUCCUCCGCAUGCUGGCCACCAAAAUAGAGAUGAGUCAGUGUUCGUUCGAAGUAUGAAGGAACAACCAAUUCGUGUUCCAGCUAACGUUCCACAUUCGCUCGCAAAUCGUGGGAACUCGUCAGCAUUUGGUCCAGUUCCGCCAAAUCAACGGGCAUACAUCCCAGUACCAGUACUAUAUCCGCCUCCAGUUGAGCAGCGGCCUAAUGCGUCGUCGUUUGCUCCCCGUCGCCCCGAGCAGUUUGAGUAUAUUCCGUCAUCAUCAUUGCCAAAUCGUCACCAACAUCCAAAUGCCUCCGCGUUCGCACCGCUCGCUGGUCUUUCUCGUUAUGCGACUCAAGAACAGUACCCCUGUGACUCUCUCGGCUUUUCUGGCGCCUUUGGAGGGACUACGUUGCUAAAUAGUAGUCAAAUCGCUGCACGACAGGCGAUUGCCAAAGAGUUGCCAAUCUUCUGUGGUGACCCGGAAGAGUGGCCACUGUUUUUUGCUACAUAUGAGAAUUCUACAAAUCUCUGUGGGUACUCACCUGAAGAAAAUCUAGCUCGACUGCAGAAGUGUUUGCGAGGAAAAGCCUUGGAUGCAGUUAAAUGUCAGCUGUUACAUCCUACUAAUCUAGGGCAAGUUCUCUCCACCCUUAAGAUGCUUUUUGGUCGCCCGGAUAUUAUCGUUCAUUCGCUACUACAAAAAAUAAAUGUUAUUCCUUCUCCAAAAGAGGAGCACCUUGGAUCUCUGGUAGAUUUUGCUUUGGCUGUGCGUAACAUGGUAGCUACUAUUAAAGCCUGCGAAUUGGAGCAGCAUCUAUGCAACCCGACCCUCCUGCACAAUUUGACUAAGCGACUUCCCCCAAUGAUCCGACUGAAUUGGGCGACUCAUCGACAGUCCCUUCCCUCCGUGACUGUGUUAGACUUUAGUGAUUGGUUGUACAACCUGGCGGAAGCAGCAAGCGCCGUUACACUGCCAGAUUUCUCUAGUUCCUCCGAUAGUAAGUCUCGCCGUGGGCGCAAAGACGAUGGUUUCCUAAAUGCGCACACCGAAACAGAACAGCAAUUUGAGCAAUAUGACGUCAAUAGUUGUUUCGUUUGCCAUGGAGAUUGUGAUGCAGUGGAAAAGUGCAAGAAAUUUCUUUCGUCCGGUCUUUCAGUUCGCUGGGAUAUACUCCGGAAAUACAAGCUAUGCCGUAGUUGCUUGGGUAAUCAUCGUGGACCGUGUGAGUCCGGAAAACUGUGCGGGAAGAACGGUUGUCAAUACAAACAUCAUCGGCUUCUGCACAAUGAUUCUAAGGACAAACAGCAGGUGUCAUCAUCCAGCUUGAGUAACCGUGAUCCUCCCGAAGCUGAUUCAUGCAAUACGCAUCGCGGAGGACGCAAAUCGGUUCUGUUCCAGUACAUCCCAGUUGUUCUUCACCACAAUGGAAUUGCUCUGCCUACAUACGCGUUCCUGGACAGUGGGUCAUCCCUAACAUUAAUGGAGGAAAGUUUAGCGGAGGAACUGAAUUUGCGAGGUGAGAAAUACCCUCUUUGUUUACGCUGGACGGCAGAUACAUGCCGCUAUGAGAAAGACGCAAUGAUGGUUUCCGUGAAAAUUUCCGGAACGCACAACCAUAGUGGCCAACACCGUCUGUCGGAAGUCUAUACAGUAAAGGAUUUGAAACUUCCACCGCAAUCUUUACCUGCGCGUAAGUUUUCGGAACAGUACGCUCAACUUAAAGGGCUGCCCAUUGAAUCUUACAGCAAUGUUCAACCCAAACUGUUGAUCGGCAUGAGCAAUGCCAGGAUGUUACACCCCCUCGAAGGCCGCGAGGGAAAGUUAGAGGAACCUGCGGCCAUUAAGACACGCCUUGGUUGGUCGGUUUAUGGAGUUUGCCCGUUGGCAGGUACGACGAUAGAGAAAAUUUCGCACAGCUUUCAUGUCUGUUUCCACUCUCGUAAUGCGGACGAAUCUCUGCACGAAGCCGUCAAGAACUACUUCGCUCUAGACAGCUUAGGCAUUCAAGAGCAGCAAAAUCAUUUAUUCUCGAAAGAAGACAAACGAGCUUUGACAAAACUGCAGGAAUCUACAAUGUUCCGGAAUGGGCGUUACGAAGUUAGUUUGCUCUGGAAAUAUGACGACGUCCAUUUACCUAAUAAUCGCUCUAUGGCGUUAAGACGUCACCGUUGCCGGAUCAAAAGGAUGGAACGUGAUGCGCAUCUCUCAAAUACUGUACGAGACAAAAUGACAGAUUAUGAGCGCAAAGGCUAUAUACGUAAGCUUACCCCCGAAGAAAGCCGAAAAACCAGUAGUAGAACGUGGUACUUACCGAUAUUUCCGGUUUCCAAUGCCAACAAACCGGGAAAGGUCCGAAUUGUGUUCGACGCAGCCGCUUCAUUUAAAGGUGUUUCGCUAAACUCCGUGCUGAUGAAAGGUCCUGACCAACUAAACGCUCUGCCAGCGGUUCUGUACAAAUUCCGAGAGCGGUUGGUAGGCCUUGGCGGUGACAUUGCAGAAAUGUUUCACCAGAUGCGAAUGAAUCCUUCAGACGAGGAUAGCCAGCGAAUCUUAUGGUGUGCAAACGAGGAAUCAGGAGAAGCAUGUGAUUACGUUAUGCAGGUAGUAACGUUCGGGGCAACAUGUUCCCCCAGUACAGCUCUAUUCGUUCUGAACGAAAACGCAUCACGGUUUGAAAGUAUAUAUCCGGCGGCAGUUGAUGCCAUCCGUCAUAGGCAUUAUGUCGACGAUAUGCUAACCAGUGUCGAAACGGAAGAGGAAGCGAUUAAGUUGGCUAAGGAAGUACACUACAUCCACCUGCAAGGAGGAUUUCAAAUGCGCAAUUGGGUGUCGAAUUCCCCGGCCGUAUUAGAGGCAUUAGGGGAAGUCCCAAAGACAGAAAAGUCAAUGGAUAUGAACGCGGAGUUGGCCAUGGAAAAGGUACUUGGCAUGUGGUGGAGUGCAGCGUCAGAUGUCUUCCGUUAUAAGCUUUGCACAGAUCGUAAUAAAGAGCUGUUAACAGGGGUGAAGCAUCCUACAAAACGAGACGUGUUGCGUACAUUAAUGUCUAUAUACGACCCUUUGGGACUCAUCGCGCAUUAUCUGAUGUACCUCAAGGUGUUACUGCAAGAGAUCUGGAGGUCAAAAACAAAUUGGGAUGAACCGAUUUCCGAGAAAGAACUCCAGAAAUGGCUUACGUGGUUGCGCAUAUUGCCCGAACUAGAGUCGGUGGAGAUUCCGCGCUGUUAUUUUAAGGGAGAAGUAAGCAUCUCCGAGACUGCAGUAGAACUUCAUACAUUCGUGGACGCCAGUGAAAACGGUUAUGCUGUGGUGGCGUAUUUCCGUUUCGAAUAUGAAGGUCGCGUACAAUGUAUGCUAAUUGGAAGUAAAACGAGGGUAGCGCCUAUCAAGUUUGUUUCCAUUCCUCGCCUAGAACUCCAGGCCGCCGUUGUUGGUUCGCGUUUCGCCAGAAGUGUUGCGGAAAAUCACUCCAUCCAAAUUGCAAGACGUUACUUUUGGACAGAUGCGCGGGACGUGCUGUGCUGGUUGCAGUCAGACCAUCGACGAUAUUCGCAAUACGUAGCCUUUCGUGUGGGUGAGAUUUUGGAGACAACUAACAUCUCUGAGUGGCGCUGGUUGGGGACCAAGUUCAAUGUGGCGGACGACGGCACAAAGUGGAAUUCUAAACCGGACCUGAAAUCCACUAGCCGUUGGUUUAAGGGUCCAUCAUUUCUGUGGCAGCCGAAAAGUGUGUGGCCGGUGUCACCCUUAAACGUUGAAAAAACCAACGAAGAAAUCCGGCCGUGUUUUCUCUCCCUACAUUUCCUGACAGAUAAGGUCCGUACCAUUUUAUUACCACAAAACUUCUCAUCGUGGAAUCGACUCCGUCGCGUUACUGCUUAUGUGCUCCGCUACGUUACCAACAUUAGGCAGAAACUGAGUGGUCAGCGUAUAGUCUUCGAACCGUUAACGCAAAAGGAACUUCUUAAUGCGGAAGUCUUCCAUUACAAGAGAGCUCAACAGGACGAGUACGGAGAUGAAUUGACACUUCUACUGAAGGGAAAUCGCCUCAACAAUAAAAAUCGUCUGUAUAAAACCAGCCCGUUCAUCGACGAAAAUGGAGUGAUGCGCAUUCAUACUCGAUUAACCGAGUGCGAUUUCGUGGACACUAGUGAUAGGUUUCCUAUUGUCUUACCUCGAAGUCAUCCUUUGACCCGACUUAUCGUCCAUGACAUUCAUCUACGCUAUCACCAUCAGUGCCGUGAGACUUACGUAAAUGAAGUACGCAAAUCAUUUUACAUUCCGCGUGUACGCAUGGUAUGCGAUCAGGUGCGCCGAAGCUGUCAAACGUGUAAGGUACUUGUGGCAAAACCCAUCCCUCCAGCGAUGGCUCCUCUACCCAAAGCAAGGUUGGCUGCGUAUGUUAGACCGUUUUCUUACGUUGGAGUGGAUUAUUUCGGACCAUUUCCCAUUGCAGUAGGUCGUCGACACGAGAAACGUUGGGGUGUUAUUGUGACAUGCCUAACAACUAGAGCUGUACACCUUGAAUUGGCCGCUUCGUUAAAUACAAGUUCCUGUAUUUUAGCGUUACGGAACUGUUUCGCCCGUCGGGGAACUCCCAUCGAAAUUGUUAGUGACCGUGGAACGAAUUUUGUAGGCGCGGAAAAAGAACUGAAACAGGCAAUGUCCACUCUAAACAUGAACGAUUUGCAAGCUGAAUUCACUACACCGUCAACUGUAUGGCGCUUCAACCCUCCCGCUUCCCCGCAUAUGGGUGGCUGCUGGGAGCGCCUAAUCCAGUCAGUAAAGAAAAUUUUAGCUCGUGUUAAACCACAACGGGUUCCAACGGAGGAGGCGUUGAGGAGCUAUCUGAUCCAGGUGGAAAAUAUUAUCAAUAGUCGCCCAUUGACACACGUACCCGUAGACAAUCAUUCCUCGCCGGCGCUUACGCCUAACCAUUUUUUAGUUGGUUCAACGAAUGGGUUGAAACCGCUCGUUCCAUAUACUGACUGUCCACUGAUGCUUCAACGGUCAUGGCGUGCAUCGGACGCUCUUGCAAACCUUUUCUGGAAACGCUGGGUUGCAGAAUAUCUGCCUACAAUAACUCGACGAACCAAAUGGUUCUAUCCAGCCAAGCCUAUCGCCGUGGGCGCAGUUGUCGUCGUAGUGGACCCUAACAUGCCGAGAAACUGCUGGCCCAAAGGACGAGUACUGUCAGUAAAAACCUCUACAGAUGGACAAGUACGGUCAGUAAAAACCUCUACAGAUGGACAAGUACGGUCAGCGGUGAUACAGACUGCCAAUGGAAUCUACGAAAGACCUGCGGUGAAGCUAGCUGUCAUAGAUGUAGGUGCAAAUGAAAGUGAGUCGGACCAGGGUCCAAUCACUGGGGGGGAGUGUUGCGUAUACACCGCACCUACUAUGAACACAUUGGUUACUGAGCGGCUGUCACCUUGUGUACAGCAUACCGUGUAA